AUGGAGGCAGUGCGAAAGCUUCUGGGACGGGGAUCGGAUGAGGAGGUGUGUCAAUAUAUUCGGAACCAUUGGCGACCUCCGUCGUUUAGCACUAGACUAGAUCACUCUCGGGCAUUCUGUUCAGCUAUUCGAGAAUUCGCCGCCAAUGAAGCAGCACUGGACACAUUACUGGGGCUAAUUGUGGAAGAAGUGAGGGUGUCCAUCGGAGCCGAUGUUUCUGCCUUCGAUGAAGCCACAGCCCAACCAGCGUCAACAAAGGGAGAUGCGAUGCGUACCGGAGAAAUUUCGAGUCAAGGGGAUGUCGAUCAACUUGUUCCCCUACCCCCGGCCAUGUAUGAAAGUCUGCUGGAGCUUUACAGGAUUCAGUCCAACCCUUGGCGACGUUGCUCCGUUAUAUUGGAAAUUGUGUGCCUAAGCCUAACUAGACAUUUAGAACUCAUUGAGUAUCAAGAAAGCUGCCUUCGGGGAGGCCGCCUUCAAGAAAACUGCCUUCAAGGGGGCAAUCGACUUGAUAGUGAGGAUGAGGGCAGUGAUCAAGAGCCCAGUUCCCAACGGCAGGGCCCUGGAAGAGACGAUGGCAUGGCCCUAGAAGUCUCGGGCACGCCGCCUGAGAGCCUGCACGAUGGCGCAUCCGCGAAGCGUUCUCUUAACUUAAUUAGCAAGGACACACUUGAAUAUUUUCAUGUCAUAGGUUUGAGCUCACUCAAGAAGACCAUUAGCCAAAUGUCGUAUAGAGGAUGGUUACUGGAGAUCACAGUAUUGACCUGGAAGAUUUUGUAUGUUAUGACUUCCGACGAGCGGGUCGGUGCUGCCAAUCGUCGAACCAUUAAAGCUGUUCUCAACAAUAAUCUGGAUAAUCUGCUCAAAGACUAUUCCCAGCAAGGUGGAACGACCGUGAGCCAGCUCUACACAUGUUUGAGCCACUGCAUACAACUCUAUGACCCUGAGACUCGUUUGGAACUGGUGGAAAAAGCUUAUAAGCUUGCGUCGAUUAUUCUUUCGCCAGAAUGGGACUCGAAAUUCGGUCGAAAGCUACAUAAAAAAACGAUCUGCGACUUCCUAGGGAAUCAUGUUGAUUCCAUUCUAGAUCUCCUAUUGAGAGAUCCGGAUUCUAUACCAACUUUAAUAUUGAAUUGCUUGAUGACUUUAAGCAGUCAACCUGAGAUUACUCCAAGUUACUGUUCAUCUGUCUCCUCUUCGUACAAGCUGCUCAGAACUAUUUUCGGACAUGAGCGAUAUUUGCGCGGUAAUCAAAAUGAAGGUAUAGUCAGCCAUCUGCUAGAGAUAGUAAAGGUUCAUAAUCUCAGUGAAGAAGAACUCUCAUUGGAUAAAACAUUCAGAGCAUUAAAGCUACUCCUUCUUCUAAGGCCAUGCAUUGAUGAAAAUAGUUUAUCAGAUCUCUUUCACGUUCUAGAAUAUCAGCUACAAGAUUAUGAAGAAAAAAUCAAGUCUGGUCAGAUCAGCAAGUCAUGGUUGUUAUUCCGGUUUGUUGAUGUUUACUUUAAUUACUUGAUAGAGUACGAUGAUAGAUUGACAAGUCGGUUGUUAUAUCGUUUGGUUUUAUUACUUCUACAAAUGGAGCAGGCAACAGGUUUAACAUCAUUAUUAUUGAAGAGAAUAUAUCGAGGCUAUUAUGAAAAAGAAUUGGAUGCUAUUGAUGACGUGAUUAUGGCUGUGUUAUUGCUAUAUAAGAACCCUUAUUAUACGUUAUCUUCAUUUACUACAAAGGGUGAAACUGGAGUGGUUAUGGAGUGGAAGAAUUCCAUCACACAAUGGCAAUAUCUUCCGAUUAUUGAAUCUGUCAAUUGGAAAGAAACUAUUGUACGAACAGGAAGAAGCAGGAAGUACGAGCAGGAAGUACGAACAGGUAAGCAGGAAGAUUUCGGAUGUUGGUUGCUGGAUAAAUUUGGUCAUUGUAUUGUCAACGGUUAUAGAUUGCUUGGAUCAAAUGCAGACUAUACUGAUGUUUUUUCAUACGACCCAAGUUCGACUACGAUUACUCAGCUAACCCAACAGACGGUUCAACAAACAGUAAUAACCGGUUCUCAAUUUUACGCUACAGGCUCGUUAUAUCCGGUGAGUCAGCAGACCCUUGGAAGGGGAGUGGCAGAGUCCUUGGCGCUAUCUCAAACCCAAGCAUCAAUGGACAGUCAUCAUAGGAUAAUUCAAAUGACUGAUUAUACCUCUAGGGGUUUGGAGAUCUUUGGUUAUGAUAUCAUUGAGUCAAUCAAUAAAAUCGAUUUUGAUGAAGCGUCAUGUAAUUGUGGGUAUAUCUACCCACUUUGGUUUCGGAUCCUCCAAGAUCUAAAAAUGGAAUUGAAUUGUUAUCAUUUAGUGCCACUACCUUCUCAACUUUAUACCUGUGUUAUUCAAACUUGUGCCGAUGCUUUACAGGGGUCAACAAAACGCCGGGUAUGUGAUGUUUGGCGACAGUGUAUGCUCCUAUUCAACAAUCUGGUCAGGACAAUAAUGUAUAGUAUACCUCUACCCUUGAUGAUACAGGAAGGCUUGAGUGAGUACAAGCUGGGCAUCUACGAUGAGGCUGAGACUUUAUCCGUCACGGUCGCUAAUAGGACCUCCAAAGAGACAGACGCCAAUAAUGCCAGUGUUCCUCAAGAUGACGCCGGUGGUAACCAACCGGUCGACUCUCAGGUUGGCAACAUUGUAGCUGAGGAGAUUGGCCGCGAGGAACAGAGAUUGCUUUUAUUACAUCUUGCCUACAACGAUAAACUACCUAUAGGCCAUGUUCGGAUUCAGAAAGGCUUGAAUAUUGAGGAGUUUGUUAUUGCUUUGAAACAUCGACUUAUCUACAUUGAUACAUUCUCCGACUACAAAUCGGUAGCAAAAAAAAUCGUGUCCUACUGCCAUGCCAACGGCAUCCAGCUCCUACCGCAAGUGACUAAUAACUUAAAAAUUCUAUCAUACUUUAGCACUGACCAUACAAGCCGAGCCGUAACUGGAACUUGUGAUGCCGUUCAGCUACAGACCUUGCAGGUCCAACUGUCGCAAGCCACGGAAGAUUCUACGGGUCAAGUCAUGAAUGACCGACGUCUGUUCCAACUCAUGUUCCAUUCCAAUGAAGAAGACAUUAGCAAUAUAAAGGCAGGGCCUAAUCUUACUCCUUUGCAAAUAAUUGAAUAUUUACUCACUGACCAAAGCUUGAUUCUCGGACAGACAACCAUUGAAGCCCUCACAGAGAAAAUCCUAAGAGACUUGUCACUCAAUCCGGAGAGAGAAAGCGCUGCAAAGUCGUCAGGCGGGCAAUCUCCAAGCGUCGGACAAUUCCCACCCUCUGGUGGGCCAUCCUCUGGUGGGCCAUCCUCUGGUGGGCCAUUAGAAGGUGACUGGAAGGGGAAGAGCGAGUCGUACAGGAGGAAGAAUCAUCCGGCUGUUCUGGCGCACACACUGUUGUCGCUCUUGAAAUUAAUUGAUGUCAACAACUGCUCUCCUAAUGCGAAUUUGAGAAAUGCCAUCAGCAAAUUGAUCAAAGACUCCCAGUCACCCUCCGACGGAGCAAAGGGACGAGGCUAUCAUGUUUACGGGCUCCCCUUAUUAAUCGGAAUGAUUCAACUCAGAUCAAUAAAGAAGAAAGCGCCGCUGUUCUCUACCGGAGCGGUCUGCUACCGAGCCAGCUACCUAAGGCAAUGGAUUGACCUGGCGACCGCUCAUGAUUACCUAUCAUAUAAUAUCAUUGCUUGCCAAGAUCUUGCCUGUCAAGACCUUACCUGUCAAGAUCUUACCCAUCGAGGACAUGCUGCAAAUACCGAGUCGGCAGAGUCUAGUAGUCCUUUAGGUUCAAACCGACUGGCUCCGAGCGAGUUGACAGGAGCACAGUACUCGGCCCUUGGAUCGCGGUGUUCAUUGUCGUCACGUAAAAAUGUGGUGGUGUUCCAUACUCCCUGUCUCCAUGGCCUGAAUGAGGUGCAGCAACUGACAGAGUUGUGCCCCCUAGUCGCCUUGAACUAUUUGCUUUCUUUCAACUCUGGAACGGACUUCGUAUUUUGGAAUGACGUCUCGCUCACUGGAUGGUGGGCCUUAGUUUGCCGAGCAGUAGGCGCCAGUGGCAUGCACGUCAAGGAUGUGACGACCGAUGCAGAGAUGAAGAUGUAUGAGCCUGGCAGUGACCUUCGACGUCAUGUUGGUCUCAGCAGCAGCUACGCUUAUAAAGACGCUAAUCAACCGCUAUACGGCAGAUGGGCUGGUGUACUUUGGAAGUAUCUGGUUUCCCAAACCUUUACAAAUGACCGAUCGGCACAUAACAGGGAAAAAAGACCAAAAUGGCUGGAGUGGGAUUGUGGAUGCAGGUCAUCCCUGUGCAAGCUUAUGAACCGCACAGUGAUUGGCAUAGCCAACAAGGCACUGGUGUCCAUUUUCGUGGAUGUCGUGGGCGAAGAGAGGAUCAUAGAGCAUUUUCAGCUGAAGACCACUGAGCUCAUGAGUUUACUCCAAAUGGACAAAUUCAAGAGUCCAGCUUUCGUGCGACACGUAAUCAAACAGGUUCUAGUUGGAAACCGUCAAUCGUCCUCUGGCGUCAGACAGUCGUUGCUUGGCUGGAUAAUUGAACGGCCGGAGUAUGGAUACUUGCUGAAAGAGGUAGAUGAAGACAGGCGUACGUCUACGGCUCAGGGUCCGAGCCAGGGCGCUACGGGCUUAUCUGCGUCGGUGGGCUGGUCGCGAGUGAUUCAGAUGAUUUUGAAGGCGUCCCAAAGGGACUCCGCAACCAUCAUCGGAAUUCAUUGUGAGGAGCUUGCCAACCUCACUUACCAUCGGUCCGACAAAGGGGCUCAACUUGGGCUACAUCAUGACUUGACUCUUUUCCGCUUUGUUAUUAAUCAUAUACUGGCGAUUCUCGACCGAGGCCCCCUCGAUGAAGGAGUCGUGGGGGAACGAAUUUCUGCCCAAGACAGCCAGAGGAUUGUCGACCGCUUGCUGAAGUAUGGAUGCCUCCUGCGAGGACACCAUUAUACUUCCGACGUACAGGGAUAUUUGCCUAGAACACAACAUAGAGUCGUAUUCCCCGAUCUGUAUAAUUCUUGCGCCGUGAAGCUGCCCCAAAUGAUGGCUGCAGUCCUCGCUGGCGGAGACUCUGCCGGCAUCCCCUCGAUACUCUCUACUUUUAUGUCGCUAUCAUCUUCGGCCCGCACUACAAUCAAUGUAGAAUUAUUGAAACAUAGUGUAUGGCGGGAAAUUUGCGCAAACGUUGGAGGAAACAUAGGAGAUUUAAUUAUAUUGCCUACUGCCCAUCGAUGUCUUGUUUCGCCUAAUUAUCUUGAUGAGAUCCAGGUUAUUAUAGCAAAGAACUUGCUUAGAGAAACAUGGCGAGCGGCAGCACACGCGUGUGCUAAUGUUUUAGAGAAAUUACAAUCCGGCUAUCGGAAGUGCUUGGGAGGCAAAAAUGAGCCAGAACAACUCAUAAAUCAUGUAUCGCAUACUGCUACCCUUUACGGAUUGAUGGACAUUGCAAUCUGCCGUCUAGGAAAGGAAAAUAUAAUUGCGACGCAGUUGGAUCAGAAUGGCAGCCCUACCCAGAACACAUCGUCCCAAAAGCAAGGAGGGACUUCGUCCACCAGUGGUACCAUUAUUAAGGAGUUGGUCGCAACAAUUGCCAAAUUCUCUAGCGCUCUGGCCGUUUUCUCCGGCUCUUUGGGUGACGAGAUAGACCUACCUUUAUCAAUCCAGGCGGUGCUCAAGAGACAGUCCAGUUCGGAUCCGGUGGCUGCAUCCGCGCGGUCUCUAGCUGUCAUUCAUCCUCCGAAACUGGUUUCUUUGGACGAGGCGGAAUCCUUGCUUCGAUUGGGAAUUAUCUGGUCACGGUUGCAUGUUGGACUGUCCUCCUUACAAGCUCGUUUGAUUUCAACUUUGACGAAUGCCAUAUUAGUAACACAGGGAAAGCCUUGGAAGUUCAUCAAAAAAUGGGUUGCGCCUCAUCUGGAUGCUUUUAUGCUCGCCACCAUCGGGCCGGAAUUGCUCUGGCGCAUAAAGGGCGAACCAAUUUACCCUCCUACAAAGCAUGUGAUCCUGGAUCCCACUGUGGUAGGUCAUGUAUCCGACGGCAUUUUGGAGCCGAUGGUGACCCGGUCGGUGCAUGUUUGGUGUCCGGGAUUUUCUUUGGCGCCCACCCGAUAUUCCAAGCGGGAAGCAUUAUAUGAGACGGCCGAUGAGAAUGAAGACAGCAACGCGACUGCCGAGCAGAGUAUGACCAUAGAUGUGCGCGAGUACACUCAACUUAACGCAAGCCAAGGCAGGACAGAGCAACGAGGCCUCCGUACUAAAGGAAGCAGACGCCUUGCCAACAAGGAGUUGAGCAUAUCGGCAAUGGUCAAUCCAAUUGGCCGUAUCUUGCUAGGGAAUGGCCGUGCGGUGAAGGGAUAUUUUUCUCAUUUCAGCCAUUGCAUUUCCGCUAUGAUCAAAGCUUGUGGAGAAGCUGGCGAGGACAUCGUAGAUGACCUCUGUGACGUGUUUGCAUCCGGUGCAAACGAUGCGGGACCCGAGACAUCAGGACGGAUGGGAAAGGAAGGCUUGCAGGACGAUUACACCUUGCGGAUCGCCCAGUACAUGACGGCUGAGCACCUGGAUUUCAGUCGGCGAGCCUUAAACAUCAUUUGCUGGGUUUAUGUCCAGCUGCAUAUCUCAGCCGACGCGAAUCCGGACCCGGUUGAGUAUGGAACCUUUCUUAACCUGAGCGCUAGUCUGAGAACGAAGAUGCUGCUCGAAGGACUAGUUCUGUCCGGACGCAUUGACCUUAGCAAACACCUGCGGUACGUAACCCUUUCCUUCCGGAACGCCAACAAAAUGUCUUCCAAGCUGCGCUUUCUCAUUGCGCAGAUACCGGGCAUGGAGUCGUACUAUGACUACCGACAGAAUGCCGCUAAACAGACCGACAGCGGCUCGGGGAAAUUUGAGCUGGAUGAUCUGUUGAACCUAUUGCAAGUAGUCGUGCGACUUGCGCCGAAUCCGAGCGGAGUCACCCAAAGGAAGAAUCUGAGGUACAUCAAGGGACUGAUUUUGAACACGUUCAAGACUGUGGACAGGAUAGGAGAAGCCGAAAUCAAGUUUAAACCUGUGGUCGACCUUUGUCUCGCUAUGAUCUCCAAGGGCAAGGCUGUGCCGUACCUGUUCUCAGCGGGCGUCCACGUCUUGUCCUACUUGCUCAGGGGAGUCCAACUCAUUGAGAAGGACCAGUUUGGGACAAGACUUAUUUUGAGCAAAAGCCCAUUAUAUCUCCCUGAGUACGCGCCCCCACCGGCACCAAGUUGUGCGCCCCCCCCCCCCCCCGCUCUUCGCGUCGACUCAUGCACAACUCUGGGCCCAGACAACGUGGCGAACCCUGAAUUGCGCUGCGCACACACGUGUGCACACACAUUCUAUGCACAAGCACACACAGUCGCGGUGCGCACAUACCCUCCCGGUUUCUUUAGUGGCGCGCUGAACCUGAUGAUUAGCAAACUGGAUGAGAAGGGUGUGGGUACGAGUGAGGUGGAGAGCGUGGGUUUCGUGGUGGCCGCUUCAUUGGCGCUGAAUAGCCAGCGUGCGGUCGUGGUGUCGACGUUGCGUCAAAAGCUGGCGGCGCUGGAGGGCGCUGUGGGACGGAAGUGUGUGGUGUACCACGAGUUGCUUUCGCUGUUCCCGGCGUACUUCGGUGACGAGGAGGAGGAGCGUGACCAGGAUUUGCGACUGCUCGUGGAGAGUAGCGGGGACGUGUUGCGACGGGCGACGAUACUGGACGAGAGUGUUCGACUGAGCAAAGCCGCGGCCAACGUAGCAGUGCAGGAGGCGCUGCAAGUCGUCUACAUGAUCCUGAAGGUGGAGGCCGUUUACCUCGCUCCCAGUAAGCUGCGGCCCGCCGUGGCGGACACGGUUACUGUCUCGGACAGCGCGCCUCAGUGGGGAUUGGCCUGGGGCAUCCUGGAUGCCGCCAGCUUGACGCCGGAGGCACUGGAGUCGCAAGCUGUCAACUCCGUCUUCACCUUGCUAGACCGCUACGUUUCGCUGCUCGACCUAGAACGGUUGCUAACCAUCCCCGAAAUCAACUUCCGCGCGUUCGGCCAACGUAUCACCUUCAAACAACUUCUCAUCCUCUGCUUCACACACCGACUCGCCGCUGGCUACCAAGACGCGCGUCUCCACGAACCGGCACUCAACCUCAUCCUUAAUCGCUAA